AUGGAUGACAAGCAGGACCAGCCAAUUAACCUAUCUCCUUAUGCUAAAGUGCCUUAUCCUCAACGGUUGAAGCAGGAAAUCCAGAAGCAGCAUUAUGCAAGGUUUCUGGAUAUUUUUAAGAAAUUGGAGAUUAACAUCCCAUUUGCUGAGGCCCUGGAGAACAUGCCUCACUAUGCCAAAUUUAUGAAGCAUCUUUUGUCCAAGAAGAGGAAAUUGAAGGAUGGUGAGACAGUGGCUUUGACAGAAGAGUGUAGUGCCCUGAUCCAAAAGAAACUUCCACCAAAAUUGAAAGAUCCUGGAAGUUUCAGCAUCCCUAUUUCCAUUGGAGAUGUGGAAGUAGGGAAGGCACUUUGUGAUUUGGGGGCCAGCAUAAAUCUGAUGCCUUUGACUGUAUGUAGAGCCUUGGGAAUCAACACCCUGAAGGAUACUAAUCUUAUAUUGCACCUUGCUGAUAGAUCCAUCAAAAGACCAAAAGGUGUGGUUGAAGAUGUUCUGGUCAAGGUGGACAAGUUUAUUUUUCCAGUGGAUUUUGUUAUUCGAGAUAUGGAAGAAGAAGAUACUGAAAGCCCUCUACUACUAAGGAGGCCAUUUUUAGCAACUGCUAGAUCCCUGAUUGAUGUUGAACAGGGGAAGCUGAUGCUAAGAGUGAAUGAAGAGACAAUUAGAAUUGAUGUAUUUGAAGCCAUUAAACAUCCUGUUGAUGUGGAGGAUUGUUUCAGGAUUGACAUUAUACAGGUGGUUGUGGAAGAAGUGACAGGAGAAGAGGACCUGUUAUUGGAGGAAGACAAAAGUAAGGAAGAAAUGAGUGGGGAAUUUUAUCAGGAGGAACCAGUAGUUGAAGAGCUUGAAAAGAAGGUGGAUGACAUUCCUAAGGGAGCACCUAAGGUGGAAUUGAAAGAACUACCUUCAAAUUUGAAGUAUGUGUUCCUUGGGGAUGAUGAAACCUACCAAGCCAUUAUCAAUGUGUUUUUGUCUGAAGGGGAGGAAUUGAAGUUGGUUGAGGUACUCAAGAAGAACAAGACAGCCAUGGGCUGGUCAUUUUUAGAUCUUAAGGGUAUCAACCCUUCCUUCUGCACUCACAAGAUCUUAAUGGAGGAAGAAGUCAAACCAGUGAGUGCUUGGGUGAGUCCAGUUCAAACAGUACCCAAGAAAGGAGGGAUGAAUGUUUUAAAAAAUGAGAAUAACGAACUGAUCCCUACAAGAACAGUGACUGGCUGGAGGAUGUGUAUUGACUACCGGAGACUCAACAAAGCAACCAGGAAGGACCAUUUCCCUAUUCCAUUUUUGGACCAGAUGCUAGAGAGAUUGGCAGGACAUGUUUUCUACUACUUCUUGGAUGGAUACUCUGGCUAUAACCAGAUAGUUGUGGCUCCAAAAGAUCAGGAGAAGACCGCAUUCACUUGCCCCUAUGGAAUCUUUGCAUACCGGAGGAUACCUUUUGGGCUAUGCAAUGCACCAGCAACUUUUCAAAGGUGCAUGCUUUCCAUAUUCUCUGACAUGGUAGAAAGAUGCAUUGAGAUUUUCAUGGAUGAUUUUUCUGUGUUUGGUCCUACUUUUGAUGUAUGUGUAGAAAACUUGGAUUGUGUUUUGAAAAGAUGCCAAGAUUGCAAUCUUGUGCUAAAUUGGGAGAAAUGUCACUUCAUGGUGACAGAGGGGAUUGUUCUGGGACACAAAGUGUCAAACAGAGGGAUUGAAGUAAAUAAGGCCAAGAUCUCUGUUAUUGAGAAAUUACCCCCUCCCAUAAAUGUUAAAGGUGUGAGGAGUUUUCUAGGACAUGCUGGAUUUUACCUUCGUUUUAUUAAAGACUUUUCAAAAAUUGCAAAACCAUUGUGCAAGCUGUUAAGGAAAGAUUGA